AUGCUGGACUCAUACCAUGGACAAGCGCGCAGAUGGCACCGACGAUGCUCGAUCAGACCUGUCUCAUCCCUCCGCGCCAAAUUCGAGGGCCUGAAAGCCUCGUCACCCGCACGAGAUGGCGCUCCUAGCCCGGUGCUACCUUCGCCGGGUUUUCGCUCCCUAGAACCAGACAGCUCGGUGCCAACAGUACGUGCCUCUUUCGAUUUGUCGCGGCCGACGUCGCCAUGGCCCAACAAUGGCGGCCAAACCUCGCCGAAGACUCCCGGCGAUCGAGGGAGAAGCAGUUCACCACCAAAGUCUGGACACAAGAGGCCGAUGUCAAUGGUCAUGCAGGGUUCGCCGCAUCUCGGCCCUUCUGUUAAGGUGGACUCGCCCAAAUCGCCGCCUCGAAUGCAUUAUGGUCCUGGGGUUCAGCUAUCUCCAGCGCAUGCCGAUACACCACCUGUGGGAAAGGUGAAGGAUCUUGUCUCUCAGCAUACUAGUAGAUCAGCGAGCCCAGCAACGACUCCUCAUAUUGGUCCACAGUCGGAUUUUCAGCAGCCUGGAAUUCCGUUUUCUGCCACCCUGUCCCAGGCCAAAGGUCCACCACCCAUCAAUCGCGCCGAGAAGCCUAGGAUUCCGACGAAGCCGGCAGUAAUCAGUCACAAUACGUUACAAGUCAACGAUGCGGUAGCCUUACAGCCUUCGCCGCGGAGAGCGUCGUCAGAGGCCAGAAUCAGUCCAUUCUCUACACCUCCAAGUAGUGAUGAAGACGGAAGUCCUCCAAACCCACCCAAUGCGCAGGAGCUUUCACAGUCACUGAAGUCGUUACCAGAAGACCGAGUGGCUCCGACACCGCCGAAGUCGAGCGAUCCGAGAAGCAUGGGCUUCGCGCGCACCAGCACUGCGCCGGUUCGUGACCCUAGAGCACUCGGAUUUGGCAAGCCAGAUUCACCUCAGCCAAGUCGAGAUGUUGUAUCAACCUCUGCGCCGUCGCGAGCAAACACCGUCUCAGAACGACCGGUUGCCCGUGACCCUCGUGGCCUAGGAUUUUCCGGGACGCCCACGCCGCGUCACGUCUCCGAGCAGAUACGGCACACGCCUCCUCCAUUAAUCUCGCCGCCAAGGCCCUCAGCUCGUGACGCUCGCACGCUUGGCUUUGACAAGGACCCUGUCAAACAGGACAGCCCGCGAGAAAUGCCAACACGACAUGUCGUGCGGGCACCGCCUUCGCGCCCACUUGACGACUCAAAGAAUACGAUGGGAAAGCCCGCGACGAAAUCUCAAGCAGCUUUACCUGAUCGCUCCACAAAGCCAGGCGCAGUGCAAAGUAUUGCCAAAGCGCCGCCACUGCCGGCAGUCAAUCCCAAAUUUCCUCCACCUCCAAAGCGGAAUAACACCGAUGGCGACACAGAGCCGCCGCUACCCAGGAGAUCAACCGCUAAUGGUGGUAACGAUUCAGACGAAGCGGAAGAAUUCCUUGCAGCCCCAACAUCUCAAAGGGCAGAUUAUCCGGACGCGACGCAAACGAACCGCAGACCACCUUUCUUCCACGAUGGGAUUCGCGACAUCCAUUUGAAGACUGAUUGUCGCUCAUUUGAUGUUUGUGGAAGGUACCUGUGCACUGCAGGCUAUACGACUCGAGUAUUCGAUAUGGCUUCAGGCGAAGGUCUUACGAGCAUCAACCAUGGCGAGACAGUCAAGGCCACAGCGGCCGCUUUCAAACCUUCGGCUGAUCUCGAGAGUGAAGGCAAGACAAUAUGGAUUGGCAACAACGUAGGAGAUCUUCUAGAGAUCGACGUCUUCAGCCAUACCGUUCUUGCUCAGAGUUCUGUGCACAACAAACGUGAGAUCGUGCAAAUCUUACGCCACAAACGAGACCUUUGGACGCUGGACGACGAUGGCAAGCUUUUCGUGUGGCAAGCAGUGGAGGAAGGCGGCCCCGAGCUCAAGUACAGACAUCUCGCCCAUAAGGUCCAGAAGGGUCAUUCAUGCUCGUUAGUGGUAGGCGAUCACCUGUGGCUGGCAACCGGAAAGGACAUCAGGGUAUAUCGACCUGGAAACGAAGCCAAAUUCGCACCACUAUCCAGCCCGCUCUCUCAAGCUGGCACUGGCGACGUCACAUGCGCAGCCUAUUCGGAUGAGCAAGGAGGACUCGUCUAUUUCGGACACACCGACGGCAAGAUAACCAUCUACUCAGCGAAGGACUUCUCAUGCCUGAACACGGUCAAGGCAAGUGAUUACAAAAUCAAUGCGUUGGCCGCAGUUGGCACUAGCCUGUGGGCGGCCUACAAGACCGGCAAAAUCUAUGUCUAUGAUACGUCUAAGAACCCAUGGAAGGUUCAAAAAGAUUGGCGAGCCCACGAUGGUCCGGUGUCAGGGCUUGUUCUCGACAGCAGUAGCGUCUGGACUAUGCAACGCUUGCAAAUAGUGUCCAUCGGACAAGACGGCCACGCACGACUGUGGGACGGCAUGUUGGAGGAGGACUGGCUAGAGAAUGCCAUGAAGGAGCGUGAUGUGCAGUAUUGUACAUUUCGAGAAGUGAGCGCAGCCGUCGUGAGCUGGAAUGCGGGUGCAGUGACACCAUAUGACCUGCGGACAGACUUUAUUGCGGAUGCCAUCCACUGCGAAGAUCCGCCUGAAGUUCUGAUCUUCGGAUUCCAGGAAGUUGUCGACCUCGAAGACCGCACUGUGACCGCCAAGAGCUUAUUUGGAUUUGGCAAGAAGAAGCACGACACUGAUAGCUCUGAGCAACACCAGAGUCGAGUCUACCGAGAAUGGCGGGACUACCUUAGCAAGGUGAUCAGCCGAAGCUGCGGGAACCAUCGGUACUCAGAAGUCCAUAUGUCCAGCCUGGUUGGGUUGUUCCAGUGUGUCUUCAUUCGACAAGAGGAGCGAGCCAAUCUGCAAGACGUACAUGGUGUCAACGUCAAGUGUGGUAUGAAAGGACAUUAUGGCAACAAGGGUGCUCUGAUCACGAGAUUUACACUUGAUGACAGCUCACUUUGCUUCAUCAACUGCCAUCUGGCGGCUGGCCAGAGUCACACAUCGCAUCGCAACAACGACAUUACGGCAAUUAUGGAAUCCGAGAACCUCCCAGCAGAGAGAAAUCCGGAUACUCGCAUGUCGUUAUAUGUCGGUGGUGGAGAUGGGACGCAGAUUCUUGAUCAUGAGAUCUGUAUCCUGAACGGCGAUUUGAACUACCGCAUCGACUCGAUACCACGUGACAGAGUGGUGCAGAUGGUCAAGAACAACGACCUCGCGAAGCUCCUCGAACGUGACCAGUUACUGGUGUCCAGGCGUCGCGUAGCUGGAUUCCGACUGGCCUCGUUCAUUGAGCUGCCCUUGACGUUCGCACCCACCUACAAGUACGAUGUCGGCACAGACAACUACGACUCGAGUGACAAGAAGCGGGCUCCUGCAUGGUGUGACAGGCUGCUCUAUCGAGGUCCUGGUAGAGUCAAGCAAGUCGAGUACCGGAGGCACGAAGUCAGAGUAUCAGAUCAUCGUCCCGUAAGUGGCCUGUUCAAAAUUAGGCUCAAGAAGGUCGACCCGCGAAAACGGGCGAAGGUGAAAGAAGCAUGCUUGGCUGAGUUUGCUGUACUACAGAAACAGAUAGCCGCGAGAGCUAGCCAGCGCUACCUCGUCGAAGGCUUGGGUGUGUCGGAGAGCGAGGCCAAGAGGCUGCUCGCGGGUGUAUGA